UGUGGUUAGGCCUCACGGCCUGAGGAAGCCGCUCGAGUGAACCAGGAGCCGCGCGGGGAAACCGUGGCCGUGGCCGGCGUGGCUUCUUCCUUGGCUGCUGCCUCAGAGAGCGGUUGAAGCGGCCCGGAGCGGGGCAGCCGUCCUGCUUCCUCGCCGGGGAAGUGGAUAAAGCGAGUGAACCAUGGCAAACAAUCACAAACCAUCAACAUCUCGUCCUGUUUCUCGAGGUGGAAUUGGGUUGACAGGAAGGCCUCCUUCUGCAGUGCGACCCCCAUCAGGAAGUAUUCGAGUGGCAACUGGAAUACCGCCUGGAACAGCAAGAUCAGCCUCCCGUGCUGGUCCUGUAGGGGCUGGUGGAGUUCUGUCUUCUCAAAUCAAGGUUGCUGAUCGCCCUGUAACACAGCAAGGUUUGAGUGGAAUGAAAACUGGAAUGAAAGGUCCCCAGAGGCAGAUUUUAGAUAAAUCUUAUUAUCUUGGACUUCUCAGAAGCAAAAUAAAUGAACUUACAACUGAAAUUAAUAAACUUCAGAAAGAAAUAGAAAUGUACAACCAGGAGAACUCUGUGUAUUUGUCUUAUGAAAAGAGAGCAGAGACUUUGGCUGUUGAAAUCAAAGAAUUUCAAGGACAACUAGCAGACUAUAACAUGUUGGUAGAUAAACUUAACACCAAUACUGAAAUGGAAGAAGUAAUGAGUGAUUACAACAUGCUUAAAGCUCAAAAUGAUCGAGAAACACAAAGCAUGGAUAUCAUAUUUACUGAAAGACAAGCGAAAGAAAAACAAAUUCGAAGUGUAGAAGAAGAAAUUGAACAAGAAAAACAAGCAGCAGAUGGCAUUAUCAAGGAUAUGUCUCCUGAAAAACAAGUCAAAUACAUAGAAAUGAAAACCACAAAUGACAAAUUGUUGCAGGAAUUAGAUACACUUCAACAACAACUGGAUUCACUGAACAUGAAAAAAGAGAGCCUGGAAACUGAAAUAGCACACUCCCAGGUAAAACAGGAUGCUGUAUUAUUGCAUGAAAAACUUUAUGAGCUGGAAUGCCAUCGAGAUCAAAUGAUUGCAGAAGACAAGAGCAUGGGUUCGCCGAUGGAAGAGAGAGAGAGAUUACUUAAACAAGUUAAGGAGGAUAAUCAGGAAAUAGCCAGCAUGGAGAGGCAGUUAACAGAUAUAAAAGAAAAAAUAAACCAGUUUAAUGAAGAAAUUAGACAACUUGAUAUGGAUUUAGAGGAACACCAAGGUGAAAUGAAUCAGAAAUAUAAAGAACUUAAAAAAAGAGAGGAAAAUAUGGACAAUUUUAUUGAGAAUUUUGAGGAAAUUAAGAAUCAAGAAGUGGAACGGAAGGCCCAGAUAGAAGCCAGCAUUGUUGCGCUUUUAGAGCACUGUAGCCGAAAUAUAAACCGUAUGAAGCAGAUAUCCUCGAUCACUAAUCAGGAGCUGAAGAUGAUGCAGGACGACCUCAAUUUUAAAUCUACUGAAAUGCAGAAAUCACAGAGCACAGCCAGAAAUUUAACUUCAGACAGUCAACGUUUACAGUUGGAUCUACAGAAAAUGGAACUUCUGGAAAGUAAGAUGACUGAAGAACAAUAUUCUCUCAAAAACAAAAUUAAGCAAAUGACAACUGAUCUGGAGACAUACAGUGAUUUGCCAGCUUUAAAAUCAUCAGGUGAAGAAAAGAAAAAGAAAUUACAUGAAGAAAAAACAGUGUUAUCAACCCGCAGAAAUACCUUUAAAAAAAUAAUGGAAAAAUUAAACACAGAACAUGAGGCACUAAAAACAAAAUUGCAAGAAAAUGAGACACAUGCACAGCUUACAAAUUUGGAAAGAAAAUGGCAGCAUCAUGAGCAAAAUAAUUUUGUAAUGAAAGAAUUCAUAGCAUCGAAAAGUCAGGAGAGUGAUUACCGGCCAAUUAUGAAAAAUGUGACCAAGCAGAUUGCAGAGUACAAUAAAACCAUCGUGGAUGCUCUACACAACACCAGCAGAAACUGAGACACCAAGUGGCAAUCUGCAUGGAAAUAUCUUCCUGUGUGAAACAUUCUACAAACAGACUA